AUGGAUGUCACUGGAAGGUCACGUCGAGUGCCUUCCCUCUGGACCUCCGUUGGUCAUACACAGGGUGUGAUGAAUGGUGAAGAGCGGAGCUAUGGCUGGGUACGACCAACAUCACGACAUUUAUCACGUGAGUUUGUACGUCGCUAUGGUGUAAGAAAUUCCCGAAGUUUCAUGAGCAAAUACUCCUGUCGUGCACGCUUUAAGGGCCAACAUAGUAAACCCAUGCAUAGUAUUUCCUUGCCUUUCUUACGACAAAAAUGUGUUUUUAGUAGAUAAAGUAUAACAGAUGACUAUGCGAUAUUAGUCAGUCAUGAAAAACCUAUCCAUAUCAUUACUUUAAGUUCCGGUUCUGCUUUCCUUUUGCUUGCUAAUGUUCCAGGCACAGAAAAAAAAUCUUUUUACAAAAUAGUACAGGAUAACAUAUGUGGACUCGGUUGA